AUGGCAGGCUCCAGAAGCGAUACCGUUGCGCCCAUGGCUACCUCGGCCAGCUUCGAAGUACAACCGCCCACCUCGGUGACCUCGCACCCGACGAAGCCCUCCCCCGCGAGAUAUCACAGACCAAGCCAUGUUCAAACGAACGUCCAACCCCCAAUCUCCUCGUCGGCGACCUCGGUCCCGGCUUCCGCAAUCAGCACUUCGUCCGUGGCGAGCUCGAGCUCCAUACAUACCUCGCCCGUCAUGUCUCCCGAGUCGAUGCAUCUCAUCACGAAUAGCUCCUCGAUCCAGGCCUCCCCCGAGGGCUUGCGCGGUCGCGAAGCCGACUUCAACCUCCCCCCCUUCGAGCUCCCCGAAUCGAUCGUGUCACGGAGAACGAGUCAGAGUGCCAUGAGCGAGGUCACGUCCAUGGGCAAGUCGCCGGGGUUGAUCAGAAGACUUUCGAACCGGGCGACCCAGUUUGCCGGCCGCCGUCGCCAAUCGUCGACUACCGCCAUGAGUCGGGAACACAGCACGGGGCCGGUGACCAUGCGGCGGAGGAGUGACAGCACCAAUACCGCCCCCGAGAGUGGAAGGGGAGCCUUGUUUGACUCGGAGGAUGAAUUCAUCGGGAGUGACAUACGGGAGGAGGCCAUGGUGCCGUACGGAUUUGAGAAUCGGGAUUUUCCCAGUACGACGGCCUCCAUUGGCUCCAGCGGGUCCAGCACUGCCAGCCCCGGCCCGGGCCCAGUCAUCCCCUCGAUACUGCUACAAGGCACGAGCAUGACCAAGGUGACGAAGAAGAACCGGACCAAGCUGUUGACGCUCGUGCUCGAGAAGGAGGCUGCCAAGGUGUCUUGGGACAAGAACCGACCUUCCAAGUCUUUCUACAUUGACGACAUCAAGGAUAUCCGAGUCGGAACCAACGCGCGAAACUACCGCAAGGAAUUUGGCGUGUCCGAUGACGACGAGUCGAGGUUCUUCUCCAUCGUGUACGCCGUCUCAGACAAGUCCAAGGGUCGGUCACAGCAGAAGACGAUGCAUCUGAUUGCCACGGAUGACACGACUUUUGACCUCUGGACCACGACACUCGACGCCAUCUCGAAGCACCGCCAAGACCUCAUGGCGUCCCUCUCCUCCUUCCACGAUAAGGCCGUCCGGGUGUGCUGGGAGAGAGAGAUGCAUCGGCUUUUCCAGGACCGGCCGCACUCCGAGGAUGAGGAGAUGAUUGAUAUGGUGGGUGUCGAGCGCCUCUGCCACUCGCUGCACAUCCACGGCUCGGCCAACUAUCUGAGAUCCCGAUUCGAGCAAGCCGAUGUCACGCGAUCGGGGCGUCUCAACUUUGUCGAGUUCCAGGACUUUGUCAAGCUCAUGAAGAGACGUGAAGAUGUCCGCAAGAUCUACGAAAACAUUGCGUCCGACAAGAGCAAGGGCCUCACCCAUCUCGAAUUCUGCACCUUCCUUGCCACGGUUCAACAUGAUUAUGACGACAAGGACCCGGCGCAGUGGGAGAGUGUGUUCAACAAGUUUGUCCGCAAAUCCAAGUCCAAGGAGCAGCCACAGCAGGAUGCCGGUGAUGGCGAUCUGUCCAGGAUGAACGAAGCAGCGUUCACCAGCUACCUGAUCUCAACCUUUAACCUCCCAACGAGGGGCGCGCCGGCACAUUACACCCUGGACCGCCCCAUGAACGAGUACUUCAUCUCCAGUUCCCACAAUACCUACCUCUUGGGUCGCCAGGUCGCGGGUCAGUCGAGCGUCGAAGCAUACAUCUCCGCCCUGAAUCGAGGAUGCAGAUGCGUCGAGGUCGAUUGCUGGAACGGUCACGACGGUCCGGUCGUGAUGCACGGCCGGACGCUCACGAGUCAAGUGUCGUUCCGCGACGUGAUGUCCACCAUCAGCAAGUACGCCUUUGUCAAGUCCCCGUAUCCCCUGUGGAUCUCGCUCGAGGUCCACUGCAAUGCACAGCAGCAAGCCCUGAUGGCCGAGAUCAUCAAGGAGACGUGCGGCUCGAAGCUGGUCACGGCCCCCCUUGACCCGUCAGCGGAGCAGCUCCCGACCCCUUCGCAAUUGAUGAACCGAAUCUUAAUCAAGGUGAAGAAGCCCCGAAGCCCCGAUCCGCUGUUGGGGGAGCAGGUUGGCACCCGAACGCGUGGCAACAGCCUCAACUCUCCAUACAUCCGACCGGUGCAUCUGGACAACGGUCCCGUCUCCGCCGGCGCCUUACCGUCGCCCAGCGCGGGUGCGCGGAGAAACAAGAUCAGCCACUGGUCCCCGCCGAAAUACUCCGGAAGCGAAGGCCAAGAGAGCUUCAGUAGCAGCACCAGCGACAGCGAGGGUCUCGCCGACGAUGUCUGCCGAGCCAAGGAGAGUCGGCGUGCGAACAAGACCAGCCACAUCGUCAAGGUGCUCGGGGAACUCGGCGUCUACAGUGCCGGGCUCAAGUUCCACGGUUUCGACACCCCCGAAAGCAAGACGUACAACCACAUCUUCUCCUUCUCCGAGAACACCUUUGACAAGAACGCGACGACGCAAGAGGAGAAGCGCAUCAUCACCCGUCACAACAUGCGCUACAUGCUACGGGUCUACCCGAAUGGAUGGCGCGUUGCAUCGACCAACUUCGACCCGCUCAAGUACUGGCGACGGAGCGUGCAGAUGGUCGCUCUGAAUUGGCAGACGUACGACCUGGGGAUGCAGAUCAACGAUGCCAUGUUUGCCGCGGGCCAAGAUGAAUCGGGCUAUGUGCUCAAGCCAAGCGAACUUCGCGAGAUCAAGAUGCUUCCCAACGUCCCGGAAGAAGCCGGUGCAGGCCAUGCCAAGCGAGAACGCAGGAACGUCAGCUUCUCCAUCGAAGUCAUCUCGGCGCAGCAACUCAUGCGACCCAAGGGUCUCGCCUCGAACCGAAGCGUGGAUCCGUACAUUGAAGUCGAGGUCUACCACGCCGACGACAAGACCAAGGACAACAGGGGCGUGGUGGGCGAGGGUGGCCUCGACGCUUCUGCCAAGGAUGGCUCCUCGGGGCUCGGUGCACCCCAUCGCAGACGGACCAAGAUUGUUCAAGAGAAUGGCUUCAACCCCAUCUUCGAAGAGAAGUUCAAUUUUGCUCUGACGACCAAGUACCCCGAUCUGGUCUUCGUUCGCUGGACGGUCAGGUGUUCUUCGGACGGGUUUACCUACAGCGACCGAGGUUCUCCCCUCGCCACAUAUACCGCCAAGCUGAGCAGUCUCAAGCAAGGCUACCGAACCCUCCCGCUGCACGACAUCAACGGGGACCAAUUUCUCUUCUCCACCCUCUUCUGCCACAUCAAGAUCGACACUCCUACCAGCAUCUACGUCGACAGCCCGGAAGCUUCCACGAAAGGUCUGAAGGGCCUCGGCCGGAAUGUCUGGCACCGCAACACCCCCAUGUCCCCAAAGAUGUCCUUUGAAAGCGAUCACUGA